GGUUAUUUAGGGUAAAGCAGGUUGACUGUCCUCGUGAAUCCAAGAUGGCGUUUUGGCGUUGUGCAAGAAAAGCUGGCAGUUUCCUGCAGAAGCAUGGUGUUCGAUAUUGCUAUAAUGAAACCAGACCAAACCUGGGUAUCAAUAAAAAUACAAAGAUUAUUUGUCAAGGUUUCACUGGAAAACAAGGCACUUUUCAUAGUGAACACUCAAUUAGAUAUGGUAGUCGUAUGGUUGGUGGUGUGUCACCUGGUAAAGGAGGACAAACUCACCUUGGGUUACCUGUGUUUGAUAGCGUUGCUGAGGCAAAGAAAGAGACUGGUUGUGAUGCUACAGUUAUAUUUGUUCCACCAAAAUUUGCCAAAGAUGCCAUUAUGGAGGCAAUGGAUGCCGAGAUUGGUCUGAUUGUUGCAAUUACUGAGGGAAUACCGCAGCAGGAUAUGGUUAAGGUAAAACACCGGCUGGUUAGACAGAAUAAAAGUCGUCUUGUUGGCCCUAAUUGUCCUGGUAUUAUUAAACCUGGUGAAUGUAAAAUAGGAAUAAUGCCAGGUCAUAUACACCAAAAAGGUUCAAUAGGAAUUGUAUCAAGAUCUGGAACGCUAACAUAUGAGGCUGUCCAUCAGACGACUAAGGCAGAGUUGGGGCAAUCGCUUUGCGUAGGUAUUGGUGGGGAUCCUUUUAAUGGCACAAACUUUAUGGAUUGCUUAGAUAUAUUUCUUAAAGACCCUGAAACUGAAGGUAUUAUUUUAAUUGGUGAAAUUGGCGGAGGAGCUGAAGAACGAGCUGCUGAAUUUCUGUUGGAACAUAACCAAGGAGAGAAUGCUAAACCAGUCGUAUCGUUCAUCGCUGGACUCACAGCUCCCCCGGGACGACGCAUGGGUCAUGCUGGGGCUAUCAUAUCAGGAGGGAAAGGCGGAGCUGAGAAUAAGAUUGCUUGUUUAAAAGAAGCUGGUGUGAUCGUCACAAAUUCUCCUGCGCAAAUGGGAAACACUAUGAAAGAGGCUUUAGCUGGAAAGAUCGAGGCAUAGAAUGACACCUGAAGUGUUGAGAAAGAAAACAUAUCCUUCGAAAUAUUUGCUUUGCGGCGCCAAAAAAAGGAAUGAAAACAUCAACGUUGCGAAUUUUAUAGAAACAUUGUGGUUCUAAUUUCGUGAUUUUUCCUGUAAAAUAUUCUGAUAUAUAAGAAAUUAUUCUUGAAA